AUGCACCAAUCUUUGAAUCUUCAGCUUAAGUAUAAGGGUACCCAAAUCCCCUUGUGCGAUAAAUUUAAAUAUUUGGGUGUGACAUUUGAUUGCAAAUUAACAUGGAAGCCACAUGUUGAGGACUUGUACAACCAUGCUACAAAGAGACUCAGUGUCCUUAAACGCCUUGCUGGGGCACGGUGGGGUUGCACUGCACAAACCCUGCUCCAAACUUAUCAUUCAUUUAUCCUCCCCCUUCUGACUUAUUGCUGUGAACCACUUGUUGUGGCCGUAGAAAAUGUACUCUACACUCUAGCAAAAAUUCAAAAUCAGUGCUUACGUAUUGUUCCUGGAGCCGUGAAGACCACCCCGAUUGAUGCCAUGUUUAUGUUAACUGGUGAUAAACCCUUAAGAACAGUAAUCCAAGAGAGGGCCUUAAUUCUCUGGGAAAAGAUCAUUCGAGUUCCUGGAUGUCUCACUCUGGAAUGA